AUGUCGGACAAGCAACAACAUGAAAAUCAUUGGGAGUCGCAUAAAUACACAUCGACGACGACGCAAAUUGGCAAUCAGCCGUCGGUUACUAUUGGCAGGAACAUAUCGGCCGGAGGCAACUUUGAUCAUGGCGAGCCCGUAGCAACUGAAGCGCAUGCAAUCAUUUUCAGCGAUCAGGGUCAUGUCGGAACAUUCGAAUACAAAGAAAAAGCCAUCGAUAAACAUCCAAAUAGUAUCAAAUGA